AUGCCCCUUACCCAAACACUCAUUCACACUGCCCUCCGUCACCAUGGCCACUUCCCGUCGCUCUCAUCCGUUCUUGCCCAACUCGUUGCUCGAGAAGUUAAAAACAGACCCAGUCACGUCCGAGGAGACUUCUUAUAUUUUCCAGAGCGAAUUCGAGCCUAUCCGCUCAGACCAUUUUUUAAUCCGGGAGGGUUUCGAAGAAGUGUAAUAGAACAAGACGAGUUCCCCACUGUCACCGCUCGGAUAAUAGGCUUCAGCGAACGAGAUCGACGCACAUUCCUUCAUCUUGCCGUGAGACUGAGAGAUGUACCCCUGGCGUACGAAUCUCUUCGACUUGGUAUUAACAUAGAUGCAAAGGACUACUACGGGAUGACUCCGCUGUUUUUCGCAUGCAUGUGGUUGCGACUCCUGCACCAGGGAAGAGUGCGCAUCCCUAGCGGCGGGAGCCCCGAAAGCAAUAUUGAGCGUAUCUUCCGUGUUGCGCGGCUCCUCAUUGAGCAACAUGCCGACGUCAAUCUCAACGUAGAUGGGGAGACACCCUUGACGAUUGCUGCAUCUAUUCCAAACAUUCCUCUCGUCAUGCUUCUCCUGGAGCACGGUGCUCGGCUUCCGGAGUCUUUCCUCUCGUCAGGCAAGUUUCCCUUGCGCGCUCAUAGAGCUAGUCUCAUGCGCAUCAUCAAGUCUCGGGACGUUUUGUUUCGCCCACCACGUCCCUGCCCUUGCUGGUCUGGCGCGAUGCUCGCCGAGUGCCAUGCGCAUAAGGAGCAGCCAUAUCCUGCCGAAUUCUUAUGUCCUUGCGAGAAACCCAAAUCUUACCGCAAAUGCUGCAUCGGGAGAGAUUUUGAAUACAUCGAGAAGUGGGACGAGAAACACCAGCGCAUUGCUACAGGCAAGGUCGAGGUGCACCGGAUUUCAUCUAUUCCAUUGGAAACUGCAAAUAUCAUCGCCAGCUUCGUAAACGACGCGAAGGAACACGAUAUGGACAUAGAUAUGGACAUUGUCCGCCGACUGAGAUCGGGCUUCACCAUGAUACAGAAAGAUAACCCUGACAUCGAUCCAGCCUUCGCGUUCGCCAUGGGAGUGAUAAAGGAUUUUCCACUGAGCCUUGAGCCUUCGCUAUGCUAACAUCUUACCGACAUUGCUUCGCUAUAGGCCGUGGGAAGCGAGAUAUAGCAAGGGAGAAUCUAAGACCGGGAUGCAGGGUUGGAAUGCCGUUAUUGACGACUAUAUCGCGUUAGGAAAAGAUUUAAGGAGUCGGUAUGAUAUCGAAGUAGCCGCCAAGAUCGGGAUGGACGCUGGUCCUCUGCACAAACACUGCGAGAAUGCAGCAUGUUCGCGCCUCGAAGGUCCGGGUGUAGAGAAGAUGAAGUGCUGCAGUCGUUGCAAGAGGAUAUUCUAUUGCAGCACGGAGUGCCAGUCAACAGGUUGGAAGCAUCAUAAAGCACAAUGCGAAGCGAAAAUACAUCAGUCCCAACGCCUUCCCUCACAGAUCGUCCUUCAGGAUAUCAUGGUCCUUGUCAUGGCGGACCUGGCCUCAAGCAUGCCAAAUGGAAACUAGCAUUCGAUCUUUUGUUGGACACUUUCACUUUUUUCUUGAUACUAUUUUUAUUUUCUUCUUUAUAUUCACCACAAUCAUUUCCCCCUUGAGUGUUUUGAAGUCUGACGUCCAUUUUUCCGUAUUCUGUCUUCUACGCUACUAGUACCCCGCAGUGCCAAGAUAGCGGGAUUCGCGAGUAUGCUCUUUGCCUUUGUGUUCUACCUUUAUUGGGCCAGUGAACCAUUUAAAAUGAUUAAUAUUAAGUGUCCAGAGCUUUAUUCCAACAUUUUUCUUUUCUCUAACGCCAUCACAAGGCUAAAAUGAUAAGUUG